AUGUUUUGCCAACCUCAGGAAAAGUGUGCCGAUGCUCCGAUCACCGCCGAAGCUCCAGAUGACUGCCACGAGCAUGACUGCUUUGAGCAGCCGACUGAAGCUUCCGAAGUCCCUCAAGGACAUUCAACCACCGACAUGCCCGACGAGACUUGCCCAGUUCCUGAACUUCCCGCAGCUGCACGGUCCCGUCCGCCCUCCUACCGCUCCGUCAGCCCACCUCGCUACAGCCACACGGCUACUCAACCCGUGGUCACUCCGCUCGCAGAUGAACCCAUCGCCGAGGAAGACAUCGAGGAGCAGCCCCCCACCACCAGCGAUAGCAACACCAGCACCAAGCAGGACCGCCGCCGCUGCCGGUUCCGAAUCAGCAGCGAGUGUCGGGGCUGCGUGUCCUGGCUAUGCAGCUCGGAGUUCUGGUUCCCGUUCUGCUUCAUCGUGUGGGGACUCGCCUUAGUAGCGCUCUUCGCUUGCGCCAUCGGUCUCAGCAUCCAGCGGGAUCAGGAUGAGAGCCUGGAGCCCCACGACCAGUGCUACAAGAAGCAGGAGAUUGCCGGCUACCUCGCCGGGUUCUUGGGCUUGAUCGGCGGCGUCGACCAGUGGUAUGCCCAUCACUGGGCCCUGGCCGUCUUCAAAUCGAGCUGGGUGAUUUUGGUGCUGGUUAGGAUUUUCUUGGCUUCUUUCGUCGAGUUCGAUCCCCCCCUCAACCUCGAUGACCUGGACAUGGCCUGUUUCCUUGCAGUGGUUGUGACCUCGCUCUGGUGGCCGGUCGAUACGGUGCUUUGGUUGAAGGGGGUCUAUAGUGUGCCCGGUUGUGAGGGUGGGGGUGGCUUCUAGUUCCUCUCAGUCUUGAUGGGGGCUUGGAGUCGGUAUGGCUUUGGGCGUGAUUUGCGGUCUUGGGGUGCUAUGCUCUUCUCAGGUUCUUUUGCUCUUGAUUAACUGCCGUUCUGAAGGUCAGAUAUCUUGGUUAUGUUGGGGCUUAGCAAGAAGAUCAGAGAAUUAGAAAGUCAAAAAAAAAGAAAAGAG